CGGGUUCCUGGGCUGCUACGAUGGCGAUGAGUUUCGAGUGGCCGUGGCAGUAUCGCUUCCCGCCCUUCUUUACGUUACAGCCGAACGUGGACACCCGGCAGAAGCAGCUGGCCGCCUGGUGCUCGCUGGUCCUAUCCUUCUGUCGCCUGCACAAACAGUCCAGCAUGACGGUGAUGGAAGCUCAGGAGAGCCCGCUCUUCAACAACGUCAAGCUACAGCGGAAGCUCCCUGUGGAGUCAAUUCAGAUUGUAUUAGAGGAACUGAGGAAGAAAGGGAAUCUUGAGUGGUUGGAUAAGAACAAAUCUAGCUUCUUGAUCAUGUGGCGGAGGCCAGAAGAAUGGGGGAAACUCAUCUAUCAGUGGGUUUCAAAAAGUGGCCAAAACAACUCCGUGUUCACCCUGUAUGAACUGACCAAUGGAGAAGACACAGAGGAUGAGGAGUUCCAUGGGCUGGAUGAGGCAACCCUACUCCGGGCCCUGCAGGCUCUCCAGCAGGAGCACAAGGCUGAGAUCAUCACCGUCAGUGAUGGCCGGGGCGUCAAGUUCUUCUAG